CUCUUCUGAGAAAGGACGGCGGAGCUGAAAGCGGAAUCGGCAUCAUCUCCACGCUCCAUUUACGAAUCCUUUCCCUUUUACCUUUCUCCAUCGUCUCCCACGCCCAUCCCUUUCCUUCCGUCUCUUUCCUGCGGAAAGUUGCUCAAGAGAUAUAUAGAAAGGUGGGAGCUUUCUCCGAUCUCGCCGCCUCCUGCGUUACCUUUUUUGCCAGAGAAAGAUAUGGCUUCUUCGUCGGCGGGGCUAAAAGCGGACAGGUUCCCCGGAGGCGCCGGGGAGGCGGAUCAGGAACAGGGUCCGUUUCUGCGCCGCCCGCGGUUAUGCUACCGCCACGUGCCUCAGCAGAGCCGGCUGGGGAAGCUCCGGUUCCCGCUAGAACAGAGCCGCCCGUUCUCGCUCUCUCUCGACUCGCCCCCGCCACCGCGGAUCAGCCGGCCGGCGUUCGGCCCGUUCACCGGCUACGCCGCCGUGCUCGGCCGCUCCCGGUUUCUCGAGCCGGCGCGGAGGCUCCUCGAGGAGGUGUGCCGGGUGGGGCAGCAGCGACGGCGAGCAGGAGGCGGUGGGGAGGUGUCUUUGGCUGUGAACCCGGCGGAGGAAUCGCCGCCGCCGCCGCCUGCCUCCCCUGUUUCACGGCUCGAUUCCAUGCUCGAUGAGGUCUAUAGAAGAUACAAGCAAUACUCUCAUCAGGCUCAAGCCGUCAUUACUUCCUUCGAGUCCAUUGCCGGAUUGAACAAUGCGGCUCCGUAUGCCUCGAUGGCUCUUGAUGCCAUGGCCAAGCACUUCCAAUGCUUGAGGAAUAUCAUAUCCGGCCGACUUCAUCAAGUGAACAAUGCUCUGGAUAGUGAAGGCAUCGCCGGAGAACCGAUCGCAAGCUCCAUUCGACCGAACAGUAGCGGUGGUUACUUCCACCGGCCGACGAAAGUCCUCGCGGCCCCCUUCGCUCAACCGAACUUCUGGCGACCGCAAAGAGGGCUUCCUGAACGGGCAGUUGCUGUGCUGCGCGGUUGGCUCUUCGAACACUUUCUGCACCCGUAUCCAACUGAUGUCGACAAGCAGAAUUUGGCUAAAGAAACAGGAUUGACCAGAAACCAGGUUUCCAACUGGUUCAUAAACGCGAGAGUGCGACUAUGGAAGCCGAUGGUCGAGGAAGUACACACCUUGGAGAUGCGCAAGAAGAGCAAGAUAUCGCAAAGUAACAGUAAUAGUAGUAGCCGCCAAAAUGAUCACAUUCAAAAGCCCUCUCUUAGCUCUACAUCUUCCGGCCAUGGCAAUGGUGUCUUGCUUACAUUAGGCCUCCAUCGGAACGACGGGGUUCGUUUCUCGGAAUCACUUCUCGGCCUGGAGGACCGCUGCGACGGCUACUUGUCAAGCGCGCUCGGUGACCAUCACCCGGAACAAGCCGUCAAAGUCAGUGGCAAUCGUUCGCUUCACGACUUCGUAGGGUGAUUCAAAAUUGUACUUGAGCUUGCCACAAGUUUAACAAGGAUGAUUAUGCUCGCAGUCCGUCCCCGGUUACGUGAAGGGAGUAUUGUCAUUGUGUUCCAUGUUCAAGUGACUGAUAGCUUUUCUCUUUAGGUGAGUAAGUGUGUAGGAAGAAAUAAGGCGGUUAUCUAUAAAAUAAGGUCAACUUUUGAAUGUGUAUAAUUGGUACUUUAGAUAUAUUCGAUAGAUCAAUUAGAAGGUUGGUUGUCUAUU